GGAAGAUAGCGAGGAAGACAGAGUGAGGUAAAGAGACCGUGUCACACAGACGACACAUCCUUAUUGUGAAAGGGGGCUGCAAAGCUCUUUCGUGAGAGAAAAAAAUCUUGAAACCUAAGUAAAGCCCAGUUGCUGUUAUUGACGCAGGGCGUUAAAGGCGCGCAGCAUCCGUUCAGCAUCACUGUUGGAGGCAGAGAAACACUACGAGCCCGUCCUCAUUUAUAGCCGCUCUUUCAAAGGAGCUGACAGGCCUUAUCUGGGAGUGGUUGAAGUAGGAGAAUGACGAGUCUGUUGUGUCUGCUGUCUCUCAGCUCGCUGGCUCUGAGCUACGCUCUGGGUGGAGAUGUGUGUGUGUCGGGUCACGACAGUGGGCCAGUGUUUGAGGAGCAGCCGUCUAGUCUGAUCUACCCAGAGGGGAUGCCAGAAGGCAAGGUGACCCUGAGCUGCCAGGCUCGUGCCAGCCCUGCUGCUGUGUACCGUUGGCGUGUGAAUGGCACAGAUGUAGUUAUCGGAGAGGAUUCACACUAUACGCUGGUUGCGGGAAACCUUGUCAUCAAUAACCCGCAACAUGGGCGAGAUGCUGGGUCGUACCAAUGUCUUGCCAUCAACCGCUGUGGUACCAUUGUUAGCCGUGUUGCUAACCUAAAGUUUGGCUACAUCCAUGAUUUCCCUCCUGAGAGUAGAAGCCCUCAGACUGUCCAUGAGGGCACUGGAACCUUUCUUGCCUGUCAACCACCUGCUCAUUACCCAGCUUUGUCCUACCGCUGGUUCAUCAAUGAAUUUCCCAACUUCAUCCAGCCAGAGGGGGGCAGAUGGUUUGUGUCUCAGGUGACGGGUAACUUAUACCUAGCUAAUGCAAGAGCCAAUGACACGGCCAACUACUUCUGCUUCACCACCAUCAACAUGGACAUCAGCACCAAGAGCAUCUUCAGUAAAGCCAUCCAGCUCACUGUUUACCCUGACGCAAACCCAAGGAAAGCUGCACCAAACAUCCGAGUGCGUUUUCCCGCUGAGACGUAUGCAUUAGCGGGACAGACCACUCAGCUGGAAUGCUUUGCCUAUGGCAAUCCCAUUAGUAAUAUCCGUUGGAGGAAGGUGGAUGGGGUUUUACCCCCAAAGGUUGGAGCCAGUGCAGAAGGACCCAUCCUGAUCAUUCCUGAACUGAACUUUGAUGAUGAGGGCAUCUAUGAGUGCGAGGUUUAUAAUUCAGAGGGCCGGGAGACACAUCAGGGACGAGUCUCUGUGCAGGCCCAGCCGGAGUGGCUGCAGGUAAUGAGCGACUCAGAGGUGGAGAUCAGUUCUGAGCUGCAGUGGAGCUGCGCCGCUGCCGGCAAACCAAGACCCACAAUCCGCUGGCUACGUAACGGACAGCCACUCAGCAAACAGGACCGGGUCGAAGUGAAUAAUGGCCGAUUAAGGAUCAGUAACCUUGCCCUAGAGGAUUCAGGGAUGUAUCAGUGUGUGGCUGAAAACAAACACGGCACUAUAUACUCAAACGCUGAGCUUCGAGUUCAAGUCCAGGCUCCAGACUUCAGGUUAAAUCCAGUACGCAAGUUGGUCCCUGCUGCCCGUGGAGGACAGGUUAAAAUGGAGUGUAAACCUCGUGCGGCUCCAAAACCAACUCUCUUCUGGAGCCGUGGCACAGAGCUACUGACCAAUAGGAGCAGGAUAACAGUCACUCCAGAUGGGGUUCUGUGGAUCUUCAACAUCAGUCGUGCAGAUGAGGGAAAGUACACCUGCUUUGCAGAAAACUACCUUGGAAAAGCCAACAGCACAGGACACCUGUCUGUCAGAGAUGCCACAAAAAUCACACUAGCGCCCUCUAAUUCUGACAUCAAUCAAGGUGAUAAUGCCACCCUGCAAUGCCACUCAUCACAUGACCCUACUAUGGAUCUUACCUUCACCUGGUAUCUCAAUGGGGUUCUGUUGGACCUGGAAGCACCAAAUGGACACUAUCGUCGACUGGAGGGGAAAGAGACAAUCGGUGACCUGUUGAUAGUCAACGGGCAGCUCAGUCAUGCUGGCACAUACACCUGCACAGCCCAGACGGUGGUGGACAGCGCGGUGGCUUCAGCCAAGCUGGUUGUAAGGGGCCCACCAGGCCCUCCUGGAGGUUUAGUGGUGACAAGUGUCAAUGACACAUCAGUUGAGUUAAGAUGGAGCCGUGGAUAUGACAACCAUAGUCCCAUCGGCAAGUAUGUAAUCUUGGGCCGUUCUUCGAAGACUCUUGACUGGAAGACGAUGAGGACAGACCCAACAAACAUAGAAGGAAAUGCUGAGUCUGCACGUUUGACAGAUCUUCGACCUUGGAUGGAUUAUGAGUUCCAGGUCAUUGCCAGCAACAUUCUGGGUAGUGGAGAACCAAGCAUGCCCUCCCAGCCUGUCCGAACCAAACAAGCAGCACCAACCGUAGCACCCAGUGGACUUGGUGGAGGUGGAGGAAACCGUAAUGAACUUAUCAUAACAUGGACACCCAUGGCGAGGGAGUAUCAGAAUGGAGAUGGCUUUGGCUAUAUCCUGGCAUUCAGAAGGCAAGGUGUGCCUACAUGGAUUGUGGUGAGGGUGCCACAAGUUGAGUCUUCACGAUAUGUCUACAGCAAUGAGAGUCUGUCUGCCUACUGUCCCUUUGAGGUCAGAAUCAAGGCCUACAACAAGAAAGGAGAAGGUCCUUUCAGCCAGAUUGCUGUAGUGCACUCUGCGGAAGAGGAGCCCACCGUGUCCCCAAGAAGGAUUAACGCCACUGCUCUGACCGCUUUUGAGAUUCAGGUGUCCUGGGACCCCAUUCAACAUUUGAACAUUAACGGAGUUCUGCGAGGUUAUGAGAUCCGUUACUGGCGGCAACAUGAGCGGGAGGCUGCAGCGGACCGGGUCAGAACGGCAGGACUGGAGAACACAGCACGGGUGACGGGCCUAAGACCUAACACUCUCUAUCAUGUCACUGUACUGGCUUACAACAGUGCCGGCACCGGCCCACCCUCCCCAAGAACCACCGUCAUCACCAAAAGACCCCCCCCUAACCGUCCUCCAGGGAACGUCUCAUGGAAGGUCGAUGGCUCUUUGGUUACAGUGAGAUGGGAUCAUGUUAAAUCUUUGGACAAUGAGUCUGCUGUGCUGGGCUACAAAGUCCUGUACAAGCAUGAAGGACAUUCUGCUUUGAAGAUUCUGGAGAAAGGCAAGACAUCCGUCAGUCUCCCGCUACCUAAGGACAAUGGUUAUGUGGUUCUUGAGAUCCGCUCUUGGGGAGAUGGUGGAGAUGGAGCAGCCCAUGAGACCAUUGUAUCUCGAGACACAGGAACUGGAAUGAUGGUCCAGAACACCGCUGCCACUUUUGAGCCCCUCAGCACAUCAAUUCUGGGGUUGACUGCACUCAUUCUCACUGGCUUGUCGGGACUGUGAUUUAAGCCAAUGAUGAGGUGUUUUACAAAAAUAUUACAGAUAACUGAGCAGGUUUUCCUCAGAUGGGGCAGGGCUCUGGGUGGUUGGAUUUUUUUGAUGAGAGGUAUUUAUUUGAAUGGUUGAAUAGUUAGUGAAAGUCAUUUGAUUAUUUUGUAUAAAAAGGCUUUUUUUACAAGGAUAUCUGGAUGUGUAGAAUACAUGAGAGUCUUUGAGACAUUUUGAUUGUGUUAUACAUUUUACCACAAGAAGUUUGCCUUAUGGAAACUCAAACUUGAUCAAUGGUUACGUCAGCAUUCAGUUAAAGUUGCCACUUCUUGAACACAGACAAACAACAUGGUCAAGAUCAACACAUGGAUGUAUUGGUGAAAUUUCCAUCCUGAACAUAACAGAAAAUCUCCUUUUUUUAAUAUGUUGUUGCUACUUCAUGGCAGCAUGUGAACUUGCAAAACGUUUACCUUUUUUAUUUUUGCGACUGUACUGUAUGUAACGUAAUUGGAGGCAAGAGCUGAUCAUUAUUUUUAUUAAUAAUGUUUUUUGUAUAUGUGUUGACCUCGGAAUGAUUGUAGCAUUCUGCCUUUCACUUAUUGUUCUACUUUUUAUAGAUGAAAGGUCUUUUGAAUAUGACGGUACAACAAAAGUUGAUAAAGGUGGCUUGGCUUGCUAAAAUUAUACUCUGUUAUCUUGGUCAUCAUUAUUGCCAUUUGUCUUUUCAAGAGUUACAUAAUUAUGACGUUCAUGGGUUGUGAUUUACUUUCUUGGCACAAAUUUCUCAUUAAAAGAACAUGUAACUGGACAUUGAACAAUACUGAAGAUAACAUUCAUGGACAUCGAAGUUAAUCAUAAUCCUGUUACACUGUAAUAUGGUACACAUGAAGCCAUUCAUUGGCUUAAAACCCAUGUAGAUUUUUUUAUUAUUAUUUGAAUUCAUUAUAUUAUUUAAAUUCUAUAGUUGCAUCAACAGCAGCUAACAGUAUUCCACUCUCAAAAAUAGUUGUACGUCUCUUUAAUGUCAUAAUGUAAUAAUACUGACUUUUAGAGGCUCCUUCAGUUCAAGAAAUAUACAUUUCAGAUUUCUUUUGUCUUUUGUAUUUUCUUUUCUCUGUUGGUUUGCUGAUGCUGAUUCAAAUGGGUGUUUUCAUUUAUUUAAAUGCUACUUUUAUUGUUUGUGAAGGUUUUGUUUUUCUAUUUAGGCACAUUUGAGGGCAGCUAAAGCUAAUUUAAUUAAUGUAUUAUUAUGUUACUCUGUAUGUUUCAUUCAGGGGGAAAUGUCUCGUGGUUUCAAUAAGUUCUUACUGUAAAUAGAGCCGUUUUCACCUUGACAGAAAACUAAUAUGUGUGGGGGGUGCUUGAUUUGUACUGAUCCAUCACUUUUACACAUCGUCUGUAACAAUUUCUGUAACAUCUUUAUCCAAUUAUUCCUACCAUGUUUUAUCCAUGUGAUUUUAACUGUAUGAUUCAUGUUCACACAAUUGCAUUUAGAGCAUUGGUUGUUAAAAGCUGUUACACAUAAACAGCAUCAUCAGUAGUUGUUUAGUGGAUCUAGAAUCAACACUAUUAGCAGCAAAUUAAAUGUUACAAAUGUACAGUAGAAGAGCGUAAAAGUCACAUUAGGACUACCAAACCAAACCGUUUAGACAGGAGUGUUCUCUUGUCCCUGUGUUAGUUUUGUACUCAUGCUUUCCAGCAUUUUGUAAUCAGAUGUGAGCACUAUGUAAAAUUCCAUGACUUUCUUUACUCCCACCUUUUCCUUAAUGAAAUCAUUCUGCUGUUUCACAUUUGUGCACAGUUUAGACUUUUGUGUUGAUCCAGGGCUCCAUUGCCUGGCUUUUCUCAAAACUGGUCUCAGAACUGUAACGUCUCAUUGUACAUUUUCCAGAAUGGCUGUAUACGCUUACAAGAGUCGAAUUGAAUGCCAGUAGUUUCACUACUUUGGUUGAGCCUGUCCACUAUGGACUAAAUGUGAAUAAUUCAGCACUUGUAAAUAUUCUUCAAUAAAGAACCUUU